UUUUUAUAUAGGGAAUACAAGGGAAGCCAGCAACAAAUGUGGAAGAAACUUCAAUGAAAGUUGGGCGAUACUCAAUUGAAGAAAGGAAGGACAGAAUACUAAGAUACUUGAAGAAAAGAAACCAAAGGAAUUUCAAUAAAACUAUCAAGUAUGCCUGUCGGAAAACCCUAGCCGACAAGCGCGUCCGAGUACGAGGAAGGUUUGCGAAGAACAAUGAACCCGAUGAAUAUGAAAACGAGAAAAAAAGAGAGAAUUAUUGUGAAGAAAAUAAUACAUGUUAUGAUGACUCGAUCCAGAUUAAAUAUGAUGAUGAGGAAGAUUGGUUGGAAGCAGCUAUGUCUAGUCUUAUGUAUUUUCCUUACGUAUCCAGCUGAUAAAACAGACCUUCAAUUCAUAUUAAACAGUACUAAGAAAUUGAUGAUGUGGGGAUCUUCCAAGAUUUGCAGCAUGCUUUUCCAAUAUUCUUGUAUACGAAUUAAUUUCGUGUUCUUGCAUUGAACUAUCAUCGUCAAGGACGAUUAAUAGAUUCGUAUUAUGCUAGUUUAUGAUUCUAAUUGUACUUUGUUAUUGUGGGCUGAUUAAGAAUUUUGUAAAGGGAGCAUGUUAUUACGACA